GUUAAAUCUAGUGCUCAGGAGAGUUUUAAAUGACAAACUUCAAAUUUAAAUAGUAACGCGAAAUUACUGUGUAGCAGCGGCGAUCCGGACAAAAAUUCCAGUUUUAUAAAAAAUGAGGGAAUGCAUAUCGGUUCAUAUCGGCCAAGCCGGGGUGCAGAUCGGCAAUUCCACAUGGGAGCUGUAUUGCCUAGAGCACGGCAUCCGUCCCGACGGUACGAUUAUUGCCCCGUCGAAGAACCUCGAUAACUGCUACGGCACCUUCUUUUCCGAAGUGGAGAACGGUAAACUGGUACCUAGAGCGGUGAUGGUGGACCUCGAGCCCACAGUUGUCGACGAGGUCAGGACCGGCCCUUACAAGAAACUUUAUCAUCCCGAGCAACUGAUCACGGGCAAAGAAGACGCGGCGAACAAUUACGCGCGCGGACACUGCAGUAUCGGCAAGGACAUGCUGGGCAACGUGAUGGAGCGCCUCUACAAGCUCGCGGAGAACUGCUCCGGCCUGCAGGGAUUCCUGGUGUUUCACUCCUUCGGAGGCGGUACCGGCUCCGGCUUCAGUUCCCUCCUCAUGGAGAAGCUUUCGCAGGAUUUUGGCAAAAAGAGCAAGCUGGAGUUUGUCGUAUAUCCGGCACCCCAAGUGAGCUCUCCGCCCGCGUCUCUAGCCCUGCAUAAAGCGCCGCGAAUUGCGCAGAUCUGCACCGCGGUCGUCGAGCCUUACAACUCGAUCCUCACCACCCACGCGACCCUGGAGCACUCCGACUGCGCGUUCAUGGUCGACAACGAGGCCAUCUACGACAUUUGCCGCAGGAAGCUCGGCAUCGAACGGCCCGAUUACGUCAACCUUAAUCGACUAAUUAGUCAGGUCGUGUCAUCGAUCACUGCGUCUCUGAGAUUCGACGGCGCGCUCAACGUCGACCUCACCGAAUUCCAGACCAAUCUGGUACCGUACCCGAGGAUCCAUUUCCCGCUCGCAUCUUACGCGCCGGUCGUCUCGUCGGAGAAGGCGUACCACGAGGGCAUGUCCGUCGCGGAGAUCACGGCGGAUCUGUUCGAGCCGACCAACCAGAUGGUGAAAUGCGACCCCACCCGCGGCAAGUAUAUGGCAUGUUGCUUGCUCUACCGCGGCGACGUCGUGCCCAAGGACGUGAACGUAUCCAUCGCGCAGAUGAAAUCCAAGAGCGGGGUGCGGUUCGUCGACUGGUGCCCCACCGGUUUCAAAGUGGGCAUUAAUUAUCGAGCGCCGACGGCGGUCAGCGGCGGCGACCUCGCUGGCGUCCAACGAGCCGUCUGCAUGCUGUCCAACACCACCGCCAUCGAGUCCGCUUGGAACAAGUUGAACAAAAAGUUCGAUCUCAUGUAUGCCAAGAGGGCGUUCGUACACUGGUACCUCGGCGAAGGCAUGGAAGAGGCGGAGUUUACGGUGGCGCGAGAGGACCUCGCAGCCCUCGAGCGGGAUUAUGAGGAGGUGGCGAGGGACACGGCGGAAAUGAGCGACGAUAUCGUUUGA